UCAAAAUGGAGAACGAACGUCAAUCGAACGGCGAGACAGCGUUAAGUAUCAACGGAAAAGUUCCUGUGCCAGCAGAAUGCAAGUUUACCUUACACACGUUCUCUGAUACGCUUCUUGAUCAAAAGGUUCAUUUUCAAAUUCUUAAAAUGACAGACAGUUUGUAUGUUUGGAUCGGAACAUCUCCGGAAAUGGAUGCUCUUGCUGUAGCCAUGUGCACAAAAUACGAUCCAGUGCCAUCUGUUGUCAACCUUAUAGGAAGUAAAGCUGAUCUAAGCUCAACCACCUUGGCACAAAGGCUUGCUAAGAAGACCAACAAACAGUGUUUUGUGAGCUAUAACAUACCAACAGAAAACAUGCUGCUAGGCUUAGUGGAACAAAGAAUUAACCAGGAAAUAAAGGAAAAACCACAGCUGUUCUAAAAAGUGUUUAGCAUCCCUGUUUCAUGAGAAAUACAGGUUCUUUUCUGCAAUGAAAAGGGUAGUUUGUACUCCAAUAAUAUCAGAAGAGGAGCCAAGAGAAAUUUGCUUCUGAAAUGUGACACCAUCGAAUAAAAGACAGGAUUUCUACAUCUCCAGCUUGAUAGCCAAAUUUCUGAGAUGGUCACUACCUAAUACAUUAGAAAUCACACUUUGGAGUUGUGAAUUGAUAUCAAACUUGAUAGAAAUGACUACUAAAGUUGCAUAUCAUGGUCACUGUCGAAACAUUUAAGACUUUGCAAACCUGUGAAAAGAAGACAGUUCACAAGGCAGAUACAUUCAGAAAUAGAACUGGAACUGUUGGUUUGGUUGGUUUAAAUCGGAGUGUGCUGGAAAUUUGCACCAAAAUUUAGUUAUCACACAUGUGUGAAGAGGAAGGUUUCUCAGCUAACAGCUAAGCUAAAGAUGUUGUCAAAUGUGAGUUUUGCCAAAACAAGGGAAUCAUUCAGGUCAACACAACAGUUUACAGGAUGAGAAUAGCCUGUUCAAGGCUCACAGUCAGUGGGAAUGAGUGGAGACACAGGGAAGCCACCUUUGCCGCCUUUUGUAAGCCUGCUCUUUUUUUCAUUUCCAUUCACUGAGAGGUUGGCACAAACAAGAAUAAUACAAGAGAUAGCUUUUAAUCUUUAUGAUGUCUCAAAUAAAAACCUUGUUUAUCAAACUUCUACAA